UAGGACCGACGUGUACGAAAGCAGUCCCGGAAGCGUUGCAGUUGAGACAGGAAGUCAUCAAGAGGUUGUUGGUUCAGCGCAAAGUUGUCGUGCUGCAUAUUUCUGUGAAGCUUACCAUCAGAAAUUAUUCAAAGUCUUUUCGUAUCGUCCUCAACAUGGACUCUUCCUCAGUCUGCUUCUUUCCGGGUAGCUCUGGUGUCUACUCAGCUGGGCGUGUUGUGAAUACUCAGCCGAGCAUCGUCGCAUAUCAGCAUGCGUAUUUGGUCGGCGCCAUCGCCGGACGAUCGUUAAGAGCAAGAGCCAAGGCGCGAGAGCAGUUGACGCAUAGCGCAACUUUGUUGUUUGGUGGUAACGCCUGUUUUUUCGGACUUGAACAUGGGAUGUUCGCUAGCGAUGAGGUAGCCACUGUGUUCACGGGGAACACCGGCGGGACCGGAUCGUGGUCUUCUUCCGAAGGGUCAUUAGAAUUUACACGUGAACCUGCACCCGUGUCUUCACUUGCUAUUAAAAAGCACGUUAUGUGUUUGAUGAGUGAUACCGGAGGCGGUCAUCGAGCAAGCGCGCAGGCUCUUAAAGAUGGUUUCGAAAUCAUGUUUGGUGAUUCUUUUGCCAUACAUGUAGUUGAUCUAUGGAGUAGUAGCUCGCCUUGGCCGCUAUGUAAUAUGCCGAAGAGUUACUUUUUCUUGGUUAAAAACCCAUGGCUUUGGCGUUUGAGCUUCAGAUGUUCAGAACCAGAGAUUCUUCAUGAAGCACUCUUCACGGGGUACACUGCUCUUGUCGGUAGACGCUUUGCAAAGGCGUUCCAUGAGAAUGAGCCAAGUUUGAUAGUGAGUGUUCAUCCACUGAUGCAGCAUGUGCCGCUAAAAGUGUUAGCACGUAUGAAAGCAGAAUCCAGCUUUGUUGCUGCCAGAGUUCCAUUUACGACUGUUGUGACGGAUCUCACCCGUUGCCACAGGACCUGGUUUCACAGGCACGUUGAUAAAUGUUUUGUAGCCACCCAGCUCGUUGCAGCGCAGGCCAUGAGUUAUGGAUUGGUAGCCAAUCAGCUUGCAUGUCAUGGUCUACCGAUCAGGCCAGCUUUCAACGCUGAGUCUCUUCCCAAAGUUGAACUUCGAAGACUUCUUCAGCUUGACUUGACUGCUUCAACUGUCAUGCUUGUAGGCGGUGGAGAAGGCAUGGGUAAACUCGAAGCCACUGCUGAAGCUCUCUCACAAACGUUGUCCCCUGGGCAUCAAAUUGUAGUGAUAUGUGGACGCAAUGAGAAGCUUGCGAGAACGCUUGCUGCGAGGACAUGGCCACUGAAAAUGGUAAUCAAGGGCUUCGUAAACAAUAUGUCAGAAUAUAUGUCCGCAUGUGACUGUAUCAUAACAAAAGCUGGCCCGGGAACAAUUGCAGAAGCCCUCAUUUGCGGCCUGCCGAUUCUACUUAACGGAUUUAUCCCAUGCCAGGAAGAAGGGAACGUUUCAUUUGUUCUAGAAAAUGGUGUAGGUGCUUUCAGUGAAGAUCCAGUGGAAAUAUCUCAAAUCAUUUCUCGCUGGUUCAAAAGUGAUGGUAUCGAGUUAAAUUCCAUGUCUUCGAAAGCGAAAUCACUUGGUAGACCUGAAGCCACUUUCAACAUUGUUCGUGAUCUUGCUGGAAUGUCCACAACCUACUAACUUUUGAUCACUUGCACAAUUUUUCAUACGAGCUCACAAACGUUACAUGGUUUCCAUGGUGUACCUUCGGAGGUAUGCUUUUUAGUAGUGCCUUCGGAAAUGCUUUCGGAAGUACAACAUGUCCUGUUUAAAACUUUGCCAGCCCGAAUCCCGGGCAUUCUUGUCGGUGACUGAUUAGUUUCACUUCAAUACAGUGCACACAUGCGUGCAUGAGUUCUGUAUUGCCGAUACAUGGGAAUGACGCCGGAUGUUCGUUUAUAAAGUAUUGUAUACGAUUUAUGAGGUCGACACUGGCUACCGGUCAAUGUUAAAUCCUAGCUAGAAUGGUUUUAAAACCUUGUCCUGAUAAAUAUUACUUUCUGGGGUUCCGACGUCGCUAAUUGUAAAUAUUGUAAAGAUCGGAACCCGAGGUACAGUCC